UAUCGUAGGCUACAGUCCUAUGAACAAAUGUAUACUGAUGAUAGAUCAGCCGUUCGUUUGAAACGUACUGCACAGCCAGGUCGACGGAAGAAACAGACCUUAUUACAGUCUGGAGAGAGAAAACACCUAUGUGAUGUUUGUGGGACGGCUUUCAUAACGUCUAGUGGGCUGAAGAGGCACACAUUGGUACACACUGGCAAGAAGCCGUACAAGUGUGUUACUUGUGGGAAAUCGUUUUCUCUGUCUCACCAUUUGAAGAAACACGUGUUAACACAUACUGGCGAGAGACCACACAAAUGCGAUAUUUGUGGAAAAUCAUUUAGGUCGUCCAGUGAUCGCAAUCGCCAUUCAUUAACACAUAGUUGGGAGAGCCCAUACAAAUGUCAUAUUUGUGGUCAAGUCUCUAUUAUUUCUGAUACUCUAAAGGAAAACGAAUUGUUACAUAGUGAUGAGAAGGUAUACAAAUGCGAAGAUUGUAGAUCACAAAAGUAUCAUAUUUUCAAUCCCUCUCGCUGUGGCCCUUUGAAAAGGCAGGAAUUCGUCGGUAGUGGCAAAAAACAACACCAGUGUGCUCUUUGUGAUAAAUCAUUUGCUUGCUAUAGUAGUUUCAAAAGACACGUAAUAAUUCAUACUGGCGAAAGGCCACAUAAAUGUAACAUAUGUGGCAAAUCCUUUGGGACACCGACUGGUCUGAAGCAGCAUGUUUCAAUACAUUCUGACGAGAGGGUGUACAGAUGCGAUAUUUGUGAUAAAUUCUUUGUCUCCUCUGUUUAUCUCAAGAAGCAUUCUUUAUUACAUACUAGUCCGAAGGUAUACAAAUGCAAUGUUUGUCGAAAAUCAUUUAUGACUUCUAGUGAUCUCCACAGGCAUCGCUUAGUACAUACUGACAAGAAGCCACACAAAUGUCACAUUUGUGGGAAAUGUUUUUCUCAGCCUGUUCAAGUGAAAAGGCAUGAAUUAACACACACUGGGGAAAGGCCUCACAUAUGCCACGUUUGUGGGAAAACCUUUAGAAUGUCUAGUGAUCUCAUUCAACACUUCUUGGUACAUACUGGCAUCUUGCCACACAUGUGUGAUGUUUGUGGGAAAUCCUUUACAACAGCUAGAGAUUUGAAGCUACAUGUUUUUAUACAUACUGGCGAAAGCCCACAUAAAUGUGAUAUAUGUGGAAAAUCCUUCAGGACGCCUGGUGUUCUAAAGAAGCAUGUCUUCAUACAUACUGGCGAAAGGGCAUACAAAUGCGAUAAGUGUGGGAAACGCUUUAGGAUGUCUAGUGAUCUCAGGCGACAUGCAUUAACACAUCCUGGUGUGAGGCCACACAGAUGUGAUCUUUGUGGGAAAUCUUUUACUAGAUCUAAUGAUUUAAAGGUGCACUCGUUAAUACAUAGUGAUGACAGGCCUUUCAACUGUGAUCUUUGUGGGAAGUCUUUUCGCAGAUCUAGCUAUCUGAAGAAGCAUGCAUCCACACAUACUGCAAAGAGGCCAGAAUAAUGCUAUGUUUGUGGAGAAAAGAAUUACUUAUUGUCAUCUCAAGAAAUCCUAAACAAAUAUCUCACAAACAUUCAGUUCACUGCAGAGUCUGUGCUGGCUCAGAUAAUGUCAAGUAGGAUGAAAUAGUAUGUAUUAGGACAGCCAAAGCAUGAAUUGAUGUUCCAUUUCUAGAAAUCUCAAAGAGAGGUCAGUAGUUCAUAAGGGAGACAGAUUUUAGUAAAGCUUGUCAUUGUAACUCAUUUACUAGACAUCAAGUAAAAAUUGAAAGUAAUGAAAACUUCAUAAAUCCGUAUUGUUGAAGGUGAAACAAAAACAGUUUCUUAAUAAAUAAUAUGAGUUGAUACAGGAAGUUAUUUCAAGUGUAACUGUGAAGUAGAAAUUAGAGAAAUCCAUCCACUUUCAAAUAUUUCUUUGGUUAAGAAUUUACUGGUUACUAGAAUUACAAUUUUUCAUAGAGAGAUGGGGUUGUCAGGUUUUCAUUGCUAUCAUUGAUACAUUGUAGUGACAGACUUCUUUCCAGUAACACAUGUCUCAUAUUACUCAAUUAUUUGUGUCAACACAACAAAAGAUCUAGGCCUUAACGUCUCUGUUUUUUCAAAUUUUGUGCGGUCAUAUUAUUAGUAUGGACUUGGAGAAUGAUUAAACUCUCCUGCUAUA